UUCUGGAAGCUCAGGAGUUGAUAGGCCUAAUUGAAAGUUUUGCAAGCCAGACCUACAUAAAAACUUGGAGAAGAGUUUGUUAAAUUUCAUAUUAUACUUCAAAUCGUUAAAACUACAAUUUUCUGAGGAUUGGUGAAAAGGACAUGUCGUACACAAAUAAUCAUUACAUUGAGGCCAACGCUGUGAAACGGGUGGCUCGUCUGCCGCUCUUCGACUCCGCCCUGAAAUCUGUUGUUUCAGUUUACACGGAUGUGAAGGGCCGUUACCCGCUCCUGGGUGUGGUGGGUGGCGUGGCUGAGAUUGGGGUGCGUAAUGUGUCCCAGGCUGCCAUUCUCCGCGCCACCCCCCUCCUACUUAGUCUGGAGCCCCAGAUUGAGGUUGUCAAUAACUAUGCUUGUAUGGGCUUGGACCAGCUGGAAAAGAACUUUCCCGUCCUGCACCAGUCUACAGAGGAGGUAUUGGGUCACCUGAAGGAUGCCUUCUUCUUGACCCUGGAUGACGUGCAGCUGCGUGUGAAUGAUGAGCUGGACGGGAUGCAGGAGCGCUGGGACAAGCUGACCGAUGCCACCUGGUACUACCUCCUGGCUCUGCAGGAGUCACAGCUGGGUCAGAUGGCCACCUCAGGCCUGGACGACAUCCUCACACGCUCAGAGGAGGCCAUGGCCAAGUACAUGCCCCUGACGUCUACACUGCGCCUAGAGUGGGAGAGGAGGAUGCAGCAGUAUGAGGAUGAAGAUGGGGAGGAUGAGCCUGGGUUGUGGACGCGGUUCCGAGGCCUCCUGCUCUAUCUGAGCCUGCAGCUGUACCACCGCCUGCUGAAGCUCAGAAACAGGCUGGAGUGGGCCAUGGGGAUGCUACAGGAUGCUGCCGACAGGAUGGGCCUGAGCAGGCUGCUGGAGGUUGUGGGCUCUGUGCUCCAGAGGCUGCAGCUGCUGUACGUGUCCCAGGUGUUGCGUCUGGAGGCCCUGAGGAGGCUGGCCCUGGACCAGCUGAAGGCCCAGGCCCGGGUCCUGGCUGAACUGGGGCCCGUCAAGCAGCUGCUGGUACUGCCUAAUCAGGUGCAGCUGGUGGUGGCUGACCUACAGGAGCUGGGCAAGAUCCUACUGCAGCUGCUGGUCAACAGCACCCCGCUCUACAACAUGCUCCAGCAGCCCAGUGAUCAGGAGGUGGAGGACUUCCUCAACCAGCAGGAUUUCAUGUCCUCUAACACCACUCACUGCAGUUCUGCCAACAGCCUCUUUCUCAAGGCCAUGGACGGCCGCCCACACAAACGCAAGAGCUCGUAUGCCCGCUCCCAAAGGGGCUCAUCCAGUGCCGGCAACUCCCCGGCCUCCAGUCCAGGCUCAGCCAACCCGCCCAACGGCCACCGUGGCAGCCAGAAGCAGGAUGACCAGACUCUCUCUCUGGAGCUCAAGAACCUGGAUCUCCCUUCCACCAUCGCUGUGCGCUGUCGCUCUUCGGUGUGCAGGGGUUCAUCCAGCGGCACCAAUCUCCCAGACCCCAGCCCAGUCCCCGACCCAUCCCCGGCCAACCCAGCCAAUGGCAAUGACCAGCCCCUCUCUCGCCGGGGCAGCCAGAAGCCUGAUGACCAGCCUCUCUCUGUAGUGCUGGACAGCACUCUGCGUCGGCGCUCCUCAGCCAUCGAGUUCCUCUUAGCCCCCAUCAUUCAGUACCUGAUCCCUGAGACACCCUCAGAUGAGACUGUUAUGCCUGAGGUGGAGACCACCGAGUUCCAUGCAGACACAAGAGACGAAAGCCCAUCCAGACGCCAGAGCCUGUCUGCCCGCUACCGCUGGAGCUCGUCCAGUGCCGUUGCACCCGAGGUGGAGACCACUGAGGACCUGAGCCCUGAGCAAGUCUCAGAUGAGGCCAUUGCACUCGAGGUAGAGCACACUGAGUACUACUCAGACGCAGACACAAGAGACGAGAGCCCAUCCAGACGCAAGAGCCUGUCUGCCCGCUCCCGCAGAAGCUCAUCAAGUGCUGACAACUCAUCCAACGUCCACCAGGGCAGCCAGAUAUGGAACGAGCAGCCUCUCUCUGUGGAGUUCAACAUCCUGGAGGUCUCUUCUACCAGUGCUUUGCGUCGCCGCUCCUCGGCUGACAAGGUCCUCCUUGGCCCCAUCCUCCAGUACCUGAGCUCUGAGACAUCCUCAGACAAGACCAUUAUACCCGAGGUGGAGACCACAGAGAAGAACGCAGACGGAAGAGACGAGAGACCACCCAGACGCCAGAGCCUGUCUGCCUGUUCCCGCAGAAGCUCAUUAAGUGCUGUCAACCCAGACAACCAGCCUCUGUCUCACCGGGGCAGCCAGAAGCAGGAUGACAAGCCUCUCUCUCUGGAACUGGACCCCCUGGAGCUCCCUUCUACAAGCACCAUGCGUCGCCCCUCCUCGGCUGCCGAGGUCCUCCUAGGUUCCAUCCUCCAGUACCUGAGCUCUGAGCCACCCUCAGAUGAGCACGUUAUACCCGAAGUGAAGACCACCGAGAACCACACAGAAGCCAGAGACGAGAGCCCACCCAGACGCAAGAGCCUGUCUGACCGCUCCCGCUGGAGCUCAUCCUGUGCCGUUGCACCAGAGGUGGAGACCACUGAGGACCUGAGCCCUGAGCAAGUCUCAGAUGAGGCCGUUGUACUCGAGGUGGAGAGCACUGAGUACUACUCAGACGCAAGAGACGAGAGUCCAUCCAGACGCAAGAGCCUGUCUGCCCGCUCCCACAGAAGCUCAUCAAGUGCUGACAACCCAUCCAACGUCCACCAGGGCAGCCAGAUGUGGAACGACCAGCCUCUCUCUGUGGAGUUCAACAUCCUGGAGGUCUCUUCUACCAGUGCUUUGCGCGGCCGCUCCUCAGCUGCUGAGGUCCUCCUUGGCCCCAUCCUCCAGUACCUGAGCUCUGAGCCAUCCUCAGACGAGACCGUUAUACCCGAGGUGGAGACCACAGAGAAGAAUGCAGAUGCAAGAGACAAGAGCCCACCCAGACGCCAGAGCCUGUCUCCCCGCUCCCGCAGGAGCUCGUCCAGUGCUGUUGUGCCUGAGGUGGAGAUUACUGAGUACUACUUUGACGAAGGAGACGGCAGCCCACUCAGACGCAAGAGCCUGUCAACCCGCUCCCGCAGGAGCUCAUCCAGUGGAGGCAACGCCCCAGCCCCCGGGAUAUCCCUGGACAACCCACACCAUGUCAGGCGGGGCAGCCAGAUGCAGGACAGCCUGGAGGAGUUGGACACCCUGGCCCUCCCCUCUACCAGCGCUGUGCGUCGCCACUCCUGGGCUGUCGAGGUCCUCCUAGACCCCAUCCUGCAGUACCUGAACCCUAUGCACUCAGAAGAGGCCGAUAUAGAAGAGGCCGAAAUACACGUGGUGGAGACCACAGAGCACUAAGAAGUCAUCAGUGUCCUAGAAGUUGCCCCCCUUUGCAGGCCCAGGUGCCUCCUAGGGGGGCCAUCGUUCAGAUAGGUCCAUGGGAAUACAAAUGUGUCAAUGUAUGUUACUGAAAGAUUCAGGCGCUCUAUUUCAUGUACAGACGCCAACCCAAAUUUGUUUUGGUUUCCUAACUGAGCAUCAUGUAACAUUAUACACCUUGUACCCCAUUAUAUAUUAGACCUCUAACUAUUCUUAAAUUAUGUGCUAACCUGAUGUCGCAUUCUGUUUUCUGUUACACUAAGUAGUCGUGAGAAACAAAGC